AUUCUCGCGAGCUUUGUCAGUAACAGUUGAUUGUAAUGUCAGUGCAGUCCAAUUUACAGGCUGGAGCAGCAGCUGCAUCCUGCAUUUCCCUGAAGAAUUGCAUGAUUUCUACUCCUUGCAAACUUUAUCAUCUUUAUUUUUGCAGAAAGUCGGAAAUCAACAUGCAGAGCAAGCACUCAUUUAUAGGUGUUCAGUUUCUCUUGUGGUUUCUUCUGCUCUGCAUGCUUAUUAGGAAGUCACACACUGAAGAAGAUAUGAUAAUUACAACCAAGAUCGGGAAAGUGAGAGGGAUGAGCUUAUCAGUACUUGGUGGCACUGUCACUGCCUUUCUUGGAAUUCCUUAUGCACAGCCACCCCUUGGUAUGCUUCGAUUCAAAAAGCCACAACCCCUGAAUAAGUGGUCUGACAUUUGGAAUGCCACAAAAUAUGCAAAUUCUUGCUAUCAGAACAUUGAUGAAAGCUUCCCAGGCUUUCCAGGAUCAAAGAUGUGGAAUCCAAACACCGACCUCAGUGAGGACUGCUUAUAUCUGAAUGUGUGGGUUCCGGCACCUAAACCAAAGAAUGCUACUGUAAUGAUAUGGAUCUAUGGUGGUGGCUUUCAGACUGGGACAUCCUCUUUACAUGUCUAUGAUGGCAAGUUCCUGGCUCGGGUUGAAAGAGUUAUUGUAGUUUCAAUGAACUAUAGGGUGGGUGCCCUGGGAUUCUUAGCCUUACCAGGAAACCAAGAGGCUCCAGGGAACAUGGGCUUAUUUGAUCAACAACUGGCUCUUCAGUGGGUCCAUAAAAAUAUAGCAGCCUUUGGCGGAAAUCCUAAAAGCGUUACUCUCUUUGGAGAAAGUGCAGGAGCAGCUUCAGUGAGCUUUCAUUUGCUUUCUCCUAGAAGCCACCCUUUGUUCACCAGAGCCAUUCUUCAAAGUGGAUCCUCUAAUGCCCCUUGGGCAGUAAUUUCUCCUUAUGAAGCCAGGAAUAGAACCUUGACCUUAGCAAAAUUUAUUGGUUGCUCCAGUGAGAAUGAGACAGAGAUAAUAAGAUGCCUUCAAAAUAAAGAUCCCCAGGAAAUUCUUCUGAAUGAAGUGUUUGUUCUCCCUUAUGACACUCUCUUGUCAGUAAAAUUUGGUCCCACUGUGGAUGGUGAUUUCCUCGCUGACAUGCCAGACACACUACUCCAACUUGGACAAUUCAAAAAGACUCAGAUAUUGGUGGGUGUUAAUAAAGAUGAAGGGACAGCUUUUCUAGUAUAUGGUGUUCCUGGUUUCAGCAAAGAUAACAAUAGUAUCAUAACAAGGAGGGAGUUUCAAGAAGGUCUAAAAAUGUUUUUCGAAGGAGUGAGUGAAUUUGGGAAGGAAUCAAUUCUUUUCCAUUAUGCUGAUUGGUUAGAUGAUCAGAGACCUGAAAACUACCGUGAGGCCUUGGAUGAUGUUGUUGGCGAUUAUAAUAUCAUACGUCCUGCUUUGGAGUUUACCAAGAAGUUCUCAGAUUUGGGAAACAAUGCCUUUUUCUACUAUUUUGAACACCGAUCUUCCAAACUUCCUUGGCCAGAAUGGAUGGGAGUGAUGCAUGGCUAUGAAAUUGAAUUUGUCUUUGGUUUACCUCUGGAAAGAAGAGUUAACUACACAAGAGCUGAGGAAAUUUUGAGUAGAUUCAUAAUGAAAUGUUGGGCAAAUUUUGCAAAGUAUGGGCUGGAGAACUGUAAGAAUCAUAGCUGCUCUCGUGAAGAAGACUCAACCUCAGAAGAAACAGGACCAAUGAAGUUCUAAAGGGCCAAUGAAGAAGCCCCUGUCUGAGACUGAAGUCCAGGAAGCUCUCAACAGAAUCAGUGGUCAGAGUUGGAUGCAAUUUGGAUUAGUGAAGAAGCUGGUGUGUGAUGUCUUCUGGCAAUCACAGAAGCAAAGGAAGCUCUCAUUCAAGAAAAGUGGACUUUGCAUUGUGUUGUUUUCCUCUUUAUUUCCCACCUUUAUUGCAAAAGAAUCCACAGCCUAUUGGACUGUGUCAUCCACAUUCAGGACAGUCAGCUCCUCAAUUUGCUAUCCCACCUACCUAUCAUCUCUGGAAACACCCUAAAUGACACAGAAGUCUCUUAAUCUUAGGCAUCUCUUCAGGUUGACAAUCAGAUUAACUAUCACAAGAAGCAAAAAACAAAUAAACAGCUACCUACACAUUCUGAACAUCAGAAAGAGUUAUCCCAGAAAGAGCUCAUUGAUAUUUAUUCCACAAAGAAAGUUGUAUUGGAAACUAUUGGCUUAAAAUAUGUGCCCUAUAUUCCAGAAUAAUUAAUCUUUUAUUUAUGAACUUUCUUUUGAGAUGGGAUUUCUUAUGUUGCUCAGGCUUAUAUCUAGCUAAUGAUCUCAAGUGAUCCUCCUGCCUCAGCCACCCAAAUUGUUGAGACUCCAGGCACAUACCACUAUAACCCGAUAUUCCUUUACUUUUUAAGAUGCACGAAAAAUAAAUAAUAGCUUUGUAAGAAGGUUUUAUACAGGAGACAAGAAACUUUAGAACAGAACUGUAAGGACUCAAACUAACUGGAAGAUAAGAAACUGGGGAAAGGUUUAUAAAUGAACUCUCUUCCCUCUCCUUGGACUAUACCCAAAGGACUUAAAAACAGCAUACUACAGGGACACAGCCACAUCAAUGUUUAUAGCAGCACAAUUCACAAUAGCUAAACUAUGGAGCCAACCUAGAUGCCCUUUAGUGGAUGAAUGGAUAAAAAUCAUGUGGCAUAUAUACACAAUGGAAUUUUACUCAACAAUAAAAGAAAAGAAAAUCAUGGCAGUUGCAGGUAUAUGGAUUGCGUUGGAGAAGAUAAAGCUAAGUGAAGUUAGUCAAUCCAAAAAAAAAUAAAUGCUGCAUAUUUUCUCUGAUAUAAGGAAGCUGACUCAUAUUGGGAUAAGGAGGGGGAGCAUGGGAGGAAAAGAUGAAUUC